UGUAUAAAGCGGUGGUCUCAGCAAGGCCACCAAGCAAGCUCUGUCGACGGUGCGGAAGCAAGCAAGAAAACCGACGACGAUGGCUGCGGCGGCCGGGAGCAGCGACGGCGUGGUGAAGCACCUUCUUCUCGCGCGGUUCAAGGAGGAGGUGACGCCGGAGCGGCUGGACGGGCUCAUCCGCCGAUACGCCGCGCUCGUCGACGCCGUCCCCUCCAUGAAGGCCUUCCACUGGGGAACCGAUGUGAGCAUAGAGAACAUGCAUCAGGGAUUCACCCACGUCUUCGAGUCCACUUUUGAAAGUACAGAGGGAGUCAAGGAGUACAUUGAACACCCUGCACAUGUAGAGUAUGCAAAUGAACUCUUGCCUUUAAUGGAGAAAGUCCUCGUAAUUGACUACAAGCCAGCAGCUGGCAAAGCAUAGCAUGUCUGGGAGCUUAUUUGUUCGGACUCUGUACUACUUGAUUGAGCUUGUGUUGGAAUUUUAUCUGUUAUGUAUCAGUUCUAUCUGUACCUUGUCCUAAAUAAGUCUUCCUGUAGUUCAAAUAAUAUUUCCUUAAUGAUUGAAAUAAUUUUGGAUAUUUUGUAUCAAA